AAUCUUCAUAUCAGAUUGACCUUUGAAGAUGGCAGUCAAGGAUCCUAAUACUUUUGAUCCAGAUUCCGAACCAUUUGUGGAGGUUGAUCCAACCGGGCGUUUUGGAAGGUAUGAUGUUCUCCUUGGUAAGGGUGCUGUGAAGAAGGUGUAUAGGGCAUUUGAUCAGCAGCAAGGUAACGAGGUGGCAUGGAAUAAGGUGUGGUUAAGGAAAUUGAGUGACAAUCCAGUGCUAUCUAAUCAUCUGGACGCAGAGAUUAAGCUAUUGAGAGAGUUGGAGAACAAGUAUAUCAUUGAAUGUUACAGUGUUUGGAAGGAUGUCAAGCGUAAUGCUUUGAAUUUUGUUACGGAAGUGUGCAAUUCUGGGAACCUGAGGGAUUACAGGAAGAAGCAUCACCGUGUGAAUACUAAGGCUUUGAAGAAGUGGUCAAAGCAGGUGCUUGAGGGAUUGGAGUACCUCCAUACACAUGAGCCAUGCAUCAUUCACAGAGAUCUCAAUUGCAGUAACAUCUUCGUCAAUGGGAAUAAUGGCCAGGUGAAGAUCGGUGAUCUGGGAGUUGCAGCAAUAGUGGGUAGCAGCCACAAAGCUCACACAGUUAUAGGGACACCAGAGUUUAUGGCACCUGAGCUAUACGAGGAGGAUUACAAUGAGAUGGUGGACAUAUAUUCGUUUGGGAUGUGCUUGCUGGAGAUGGCAACAAGGGAGAUACCAUACAGUGAAUGUGAAACUGUUGUUAAGAUUUACAGGAAGGUCUCAACUGGUAUAAGGCCUGAAUCCUUGUCCAAGGUGACCGAUCCAGAGGUGAAGGCAUUUAUUGAGAAAUCCCUAGGCCAGCCGAGGGCAAGACCUUCAGCCUCUGAGCUACUCAGAGACCCCUUCUUUUCUCAAGUCAUUGCCGAAUAGCCUCAUCCAAGCUCUUGAUGGCUUUUCGAAACUAGUUUAGUGUUAUAACAAAAUCAGUGACUCCCAUGUUACUUCACACAUGUAAUUUAUCA